AUGAAUUAUAAAAAUAAUAUUUACGAAAUAUUAAGACAAGAGGACAAAAUAAAAAGAAAAGCAAAGCAGCUGAAAGAAGAUCAAAAAAAAAAGGAAAAUGAGAAAAAAGACUUCAGCACUUUUUCCUUCGAUAUUAAUAAGUAUACGUCGUGGGCUGAUAUGGUUGACGAAUACGAUGAAUUUUUUUAUGAAGUAGAAAAAUUAAAGGAUCAAGAAAAGAAUGAAAAAAAAAACAAUGAGAAUAAAAAGAAAAAAAAAACUGUAGAAGUUUCUGAUGAUGACAGUACCGAAUUUGAUGAUGAUGAAGAAGAAGAAGAUGCUGAUAAUAAUCAAGAGAAUAUAAAAAAUCAAAAUUCUAAUAAAGUGAAAGAAAUUAAAAAAAAAAAGAAAAGUGGAAAUAAAAAAAAAAAUAAAAGCUCAAAUAAUGCAAAUAAGAAAAAAAACUUUGAUAAUUUAUUGUUGGAAUAUACAAUGAGUAACACUCUAUUGAAUACAGAAAAUAAUAAUACAGAUAUCAAAACUGUAGAAACAAAUAAUGUAAAAGAUCAAAAUUCUAAUAACCUCAGUAUAGAUGAUAAUAAAGAAAAAUCCGCAUGUAAUAUAGAUGGAAAUAAUGACGACAAAUUAAAAAAAAAAAAAAAAAAAAAAAAAAAGGAAAAAAAAAAAAAAAUACAAGAUGAAGAUGCAAAUACAAACAAAGAUAUAGAUCAUUCCAUAAAUGAAGAAAAAGAUCAAAACAAUGAAGACAAAAAAAAUUCAGAAAGUGUGGAUAAGAAACCAUCCAAUGAAAUAAAUAACGAUGAGAAAAAAAAAGAAGGACAAAAGGAUACAACAAACAAUGUUCAGGUCAAUGAAAAAAUAAAACUAUUAUUAAACAAUAAUUCAAAAAAAAAUAAAAAGAAAAGAGAAAAAAUAGACGAUAUUAUAGCCAUUGUAGAAAAAGAAGAAAUUAUAAAAGAAAAACAAAAACAAAAGAUGGUCCAAAAAAACAAACAGAAAUUAAAAUUAAAUCAUCAAAUGAAAUAA